AUUAAAUAAUUGCAACAAAUCCAUAGUGGCAAGUGGCAACUUACUUACCAACUGAAAUGGAAACAACUAACUGCUCUUUGAAAUUGUCAAGCUAAGACCAACUCCAAUGACACAGAGACAAACCUAAAAUUCAGUUUUUAUUCCUUUUUCUUCUGUCAGAUCAUCCUCUUCGUUCUGAAACUUUGUCGAACAUGAACCGGCCAUUGUUCUUUCUUCUCUUCUUCAUCUCUGUUCUUUUUUUACCGUUCUCUUCUUCUCAAUCAAAUUCUCAAAAUAUCGAAACUUUCUAUCCAUCUUCGGUUCGAGCUCCAUCUCCAUCUCCAUCGACAUCUCCAAGCUCUUCCCCAUCACUUCCACCGUCGGGGCUGCCUCUUCCACCGGAACACGAUUCAUCGUCGGACCAUACAGUAGCGAAGGCGGUGGCUGCUACUGCGGCCAGCACUUUUGUCAUUGCUACUUUGCUCUUUUUCUUUAUACAGAGAUACAUACUUGCGAGGCGGAGAAGAAAGGAAGGGAAUAAAACUAAUUCUGGUGAAGGUGGUACUGGUCGCGGCUCCGCGGGUUUUGAUGAUGAUCUUCUUAGGAGUGUAAUAAUUGAUGAAAAUGGAUUAGAUGUUGUUUAUUGGAAAAGACUUCAAGAAGAAAACAAGAAUCGCGGUUUGAAGAAACUUGAAAUCCAUAAUAAUGUUCAAGAAAAUCAAGAACAAGAAAAUGAUGAGGAGACGGUUCAAGAAAGAAAUGGACAAGAGCCAAUUCAAGAAAUUCCUUUGUUACGAGGAAAAUCCACCACUUCUCAGAACAAAGUUGUGUCAGUCCAUCCUCCAAUGCCUCCGCCGCCUCCGCCACGGCCUCCUCCAGUCCCGAUAAAGAUAAAUAAUUCCCCACCCCCACCACCUCCACCACCCCCGAUUCCUGCAAGGAAUAAUAAUUCAGUUGCACCUGCACCACCUCCGAUUCCAGCAAAGAAAGUUAAUGCACCACCACCACCUCCGCCACAUAAGUCUGCUAAAGGAAUGGGUAGUAAGAGUGGAGCAGACGAGUCUUCUUCUUCAACUGGAGAAGGGAAUCCUCAGGUUAAAUUGAGGCCAUUGCACUGGGAUAAAGUGAACAGGGAUGUAGCUCAUUCAAUGGUGUGGGACAGAAUUGGUGCUGGUUCUUUUAGGGUUGAUGAUGAUCUUAUGGAAGCCUUAUUUGGAUAUGUUGCAACGAACAGAAAAUCUCCUAAACACGGAGAUACAACCGAGAAUCGUGAUGCAAGCUCAUCAGCACAAAUUACACUUCUUGAUCCAAGAAAAUCACAAAACAUAGCAAUUGUGCUAAAAUCUUUAGGUGUGCGUCGUGAAGAAAUUCUUGAUGCAUUAGCUGAUGGAAAAGGCCUAAAUGCAGACACUCUUGAAAAGCUGAUGAGGAUUGCUCCAGCAAAAGAAGAAGAAUCCCUAAUUCUUGAAUUUGAAGGAGACCCAAAUAGACUAGCAGAUGCUGAAAAUUUCCUAUACCAUAUUUUAAAUGCUGUUCCAUCAGCUUUUACUCGGCUUAAUGCUUUUCUUUUUAGAAUAAAUUAUGACUUUGAGAUUCUUCAGUUUAAGGAAUCUUUACAAACUCUUGAAUUAGCCUGCAAGGAGCUUAGAAACCGAGGACUAUUCAUGAAACUUUUAGAAGCAAUCUUAAAAGCAGGUAAUAGAAUGAAUGCAGGAACUUCACGAGGAAAUGCACAAGCAUUUAAUCUAACUUCUCUUCGAAAGCUCUCCGAUGUUAAAAGUUCUGAUGGAAAAACUACUUUGCUUCAUUUUAUUGUGGAAGAAGUUGUUAGGUCAGAAGGAAAACGCUGUGUGCUUAAUCGAAGUAGAAGCUUGAGUCGAAGCAGCAGCAUAAGUAGUAGCAGCAGCAGCAUUAGUUCUGCCAACUUAAGUUCCAAAGAGGAAAGAGAGAGAGAAUAUAAGAUGUUGGGAUUGCCAAUGGUAGGAGGACUUAGUUCUGAAUUCUCUAAUGUGAAAAGAGCUGCACAAAUAGAUUAUGAAGCUUUUGCAGGCACUUGUUCAGCUCUAACAAAACGAAUAGCAGAAAUUAGGCUAGCUGCGAAUCAGUGUGCUGCUAAUGGAGAGGAAGGAUUUGCAAGAGAAAUGAAAGGUUUUCUUGAAGCUGCAGAGGAAGAAAUAAAGGUUUUGAGAUCUGAGCAGAUUCGGAUAAUGAAUCUUGUGCAGAAAACGACGGAAUAUUAUCAAGCAGGAGCUUCCAAGAAUACUGCAGAACACCAACUGCAAUUAUUUAUUAUAAUUAAAGACUUUUUAGGUAUGGUUGAUAAUGUAUGCAUUGAAAUUGCUCGAAAUCUGCAGAAGAGGAGAGCAGCCUCUUCAAAUCUGGGCUCCUCACCCAGGUCACCACCAGCACCAGUACUGCCCGUGAGGUUCCCAAAUUUGCCAGAACAUUUCAUGAAGGAAAAGUCCAGCAGCAGUUCUAGUGAAUCAGAUUCUGAGUUUUGAGCAUAUAUUGAUCACAAAACAGGAAUUAGUUAAUGUAUAUAUAGUAGUUAGAAAAUUCUUCAUGUAAACAAAAAAGUCAUAGAGGAGUAUUUUUGAAAUCAUCAAAUUGUUUUCUAAACCUUGGAAAGUUUUCAGCAAAUCAAUUUUUAAGUUUUUGCUUUCUGGUUUAAACUUAUUCAUUUCAUUAGGCUUUGGUUAGGAACCAAUAAUUUAUGGAUUCACUUGUGCCGAGUUUUUUUUUUAUUUAUUUAUAUAUUUAUUUUGGUUUUGCAUUC